CCACCAUUCCUUUUCUCUGGGGUUUUUUUUUUGUCUGAAAAUAUUUAUUUUUCUACAAAAAUAAGCCCACAUAAAAGGAAAAAUUCUUUUCAUUUUUUUAUUUUUUAUCUUUGAAUAUUUUUGGGUAGAGUUGAUAUAUUAAUGGCAGAAAAGAGACUUUGAUGGCCAUUACAAAUGCUAGGUUUUUCGGGUGAUGAUUUUUUGUCCUAACUCAUCUUUCAUCAAAUCUGUCAGCAACCUAGUUGUAGAAUUCAAACAAAUUGUUCAAAUUUCAAAGCUUUUUCUUCUCUGACUGCAAAAGAAGACCAAUACCAUGGAUUUGUAGCUGAGAUGUUUGGGACUCAGAGCAAGAGAGACCUGUCCCUGGAAUUCCAAUCCCAGAUACAAAUCCUGAGGCCCAGUAUCCAUGCCAGGAGGGCGAAUCUGACAGUAAAAUUCCAGGACCUUUAUGGGUUUACAGUGGAAGGGAAUGUGGACGAUGUGAAUGUGUUGAAUGAGGUAAGGGAGAAGGUGAGGCAGCAGGGGAGGGUAUGGUGGUCGUUGGAGGCAAACAAAGGUGCAAAUUGGUACCUGCAGACUUCCAUUUCUGAAGGGAACUUGAAGUCCUCCCUAAAGUUUUCAGCUUUGGCCAAUGCCAUCACUCUGAAGAAGCUGAUUAGGAAGGGGAUUCCGCCGGUGCUCCGCCCCAAGGUGUGGUUUUCGCUGUCCGGGGCGGCCAAGAAGAAGUCCACCGCGCCGGAGAGCUAUUACGAUGACCUGAUCAAGGCCACUGAGGGCAAGGUCACCCCUGCCACCAGGCAGAUUGAUCAUGACCUGCCCCGGACCUUCCCCGGUCAUCCAUGGUUGGACACCCCAGAGGGUCAUGCUGCUCUCCGACGCGUCCUUGUUGGGUAUUCGUUCCGUGAUUCUGAUGUUGGAUACUGUCAGGGCUUAAAUUAUGUUGCAGCAUUGUUACUGCUUGUGAUGAAAACAGAGGAGGAUGCAUUUUGGAUGCUUGCAGUCCUCUUGGAAAAUGUGUUGGUUAAUGACUGCUAUACAAAUAAUUUAUCAGGAUGCCAUGUUGAACAAAGAGUUUUCAAGGAGUUCCUAGAUAAAAAGUGCCCGAGGAUAGCGGCGCAUUUGGAAGCAAUGGAAUUUGAUGUCUCCCUUGUGGCCACCGAGUGGUUUCUAUGCCUCUUUUCUAAGAGCUUGCCUUCUGAGACUACUCUAAGGGUAUGGGAUGUCCUUUUCUACGAGGGGGCUAAAGUUCUAUUUCAUGUCGCUUUGGCAAUCUUUAAGAUGAAGGAAGAUGAGCUGCUUAUAACCCAUCAUGUUGGUGAUGUAAUCAGUAUUCUGCAGAAAACCACUCAUCACCUAUUUGAUCCUGAUGAGCUAUUGACGGUGGCAUUCGAUCAGAUAGGUUCAAUGACAACCAACACGAUAUCAAAGCAAAGGAAAAAGCAAGAACCAGCGGUGAUGAAGGAGCUCGAUCAGAGAGUUAGAAGGCUAAAUUCCCUAAAACUGGACGAGAAAUAGCAUUUGCUGCAUCGAGCUGAUCAAGCUGCAAAAAUGUUGGGCACCCUGUUAGGGGCAUUGUUCCUCUCGGGAAGAAAGAAACUGAAACUGUUGUCUCUCAUCUGCGUUUCUGUAAGAAUGA